GGCGCCGCGAGUGACUCUGAGAGAUUUUAGAAUCUGGAAACUGUUCCCCAGGAAGAAUCCCAUUAGUCUGGAACUGGCGGAUUCCUUUGCAUCAGAUACUCAAAUGAAGGAACCACCGUUAGAUGGUGAAUGUGACAAGGCAGUGGCACCACAGCUGGGGCUGCUAAAAGAAAUUAAGACAGAACCCGACAAUGCUCAAGAGUAUUGUCAAGCCCAACAGACCAAAACUCAGGAGAGUGAACUGAAAACAAACACUGUGUUUUCAGACAGUGCUUCACAGUUAACUACAGGCACUCAGCUUUCUCUGGCAUCUCCUGGCGUGAAUAAAAUGCUUCCUUCGGUUUCAGCCACAGCUAUUCAGGUUUCCUGUUCUGGCUGCAAAAAAAUUCUCCAGAAGGGACAAACUGCUUAUCAGAGGAAAGGAUCUACUCAGCUUUUUUGCUCUACCCCAUGCAUCAGUGAAUACAUUUCAUCUGCCAGUUCACCAGCUCCUACCAAGAGAACUUGUUCAAACUGCUCAAAAGACAUUUUAAAUUCAAAGGAUAUAAUCACUAUCCAGCUGGAAGAUACUAGCUCUAGCAGAAAUUUUUGCAGCCCAUCUUGUCUCUUAUCGUAUGAAGAAAAAAGGAAACCAUUUGUUACCAUCUGCUCUAAUAGCGAUCUGACCAAGUGCAGCAUGUGUCAGAAGACUGCUGUUAUUCAGUAUGAAGUAAAAUAUCAAAAUGUGAAACAUAGUCUUUGCAGUGGUGCCUGUUUUUCAAAGUUUCACUCUGCUAACAACCUCAUCAUGAACUGUUGUGAGAACUGUGGAGCUUAUUGUUACACCAGCUCUAGUGUGUUCCAGAUAUUUCAGAUGGAAGGACCAGCCCAGAACUGUAGCAGUUCAAAGAAUAUUACAGCAUAUAAGCAGAAACCAGCCAAACCACUUACAUCUGGUCCUUGCAAAUCAUUGAAACCCUCAGAUGAAAUGAUUGAGACUACCAAUGACUUGGGGAAGACAGAACUUUUCUGCUCUUUUAAUUGUUUCUCUGCAUACAAUAAACCUAAGAUGGAAUCUUCUACAGGUACAGUUUCUUCAGUAAUGGCAAAUAUCACUGAGGAUAGUUCUUCACCCAGUGAGUCAAGCAGUAGUGGUGUGGAACAGCCAAGCCUUUCACCAUCUUUGUCAGUACUCCGUCAACUUACAGUUGGUUCCAGUACAGAAGUACAAAAGGAUAAAGGAUCAAACCAGGAUCCAGGAUACAAUAUGAAAUCUAUGAAUGUAAGUGAUGGACUGUGUCACCGAGAAUUUACGUCCAAAGUGCAAAAAGUUAAAGGUAAAUCACGAAGGAUUAAAAAAUCUUGUGCAAAUUUUCAGCAUUUGCAAGACAAUAUUAAAAAAGAUAUGACAUUUUGUUAUUCAUGCCAGUUGUUCUGUCAAAACAAUUUUAGCUAUGGAAGAAAGUCAUUUGCAACUCCUAAUUGGAAAAAAACUCUGGAAAAAUUCAGGAAACAUGAAAAAAGUGAAAUGCAUUUGAAGUCAUUGAAAUUCUGGCGGCAUUAUCAGUUUUGUGAUGAAACUGUUGAUGAUAAUUUAUCUGUUCAUUCAAAACAGAUUGAGAGAAAUAAAAAAUACCUAAAGUUAAUAAUUGAAAAUAUUUUAUUUCUUGGAAAGCAGUGUUUACCUUUAAGGGGAAAGGACCAGUCUAUUUCAUAUGUGAAUAAAGGCAAUUUUUUGGAACUGUUAGAAAUCAGAGCAAAAGAUAAAGGAGAAGAAAUAUUUCAACUUACGAAUUCACAAGUUGACUUCUAUAAUAGUACACAAAUUCAAAGUGAUAUUAUUGAAAUAAUCAAGACUGAAAUGUUGCAGGAUAUUGUGAAUGAGAUCAAAGACUGCUCAGCCUUUUCCAUAAUAUGUGAUGAGGUAACUGAUGGAGGAACUAAAGAACAGCUUUCAGUUUGUGUAAGAUACCCACAGAAAUCACCAAACGCUGUCUUCAUUAAAGAAAGAUUCUUGGGUUUUGUUGAUACCGGAGAGAUGACUGGGACCCCCUUACAUGAUACUGUCAAAACUUACCUAGAGCAACUUGGAGUUGAUUUGAAUAAAAUGCAUGGCCAGGCCUAUGAUAGUACCACUAAUUUGAGGAUAAAAUUUAGUAAAAUUGCAGCAGAAUUCAAAAAGGAAAAACCAAGAGCUUUAUACAUACAUUGUUAUGCACACUUUUUGGAUUUAGCAGUAAUUAGGUUUUGUAAAGAAGUAAAAGAACUCCGAAGUACUCUAAAUGCUCUCAGUUCUUUGUUCAACACUAUUCAUAUGUCUGGAGAAAUGUUGGCAGAUUUUCAGAACAUUUGUAAGCUAAGUCAAAACAAAACAUGCAAGAAACACAUAUCCCAAUCAUGCUGGACGGUCCAUGAGCGCACCUUACUAUCUGUGAUCGACAAUCUCCCAGAGAUUAUUGAAAUGUUGGAGGUCAUGUCGAGCCAUUAUGCAAACUUGACUCUGGCUGAUGAAUUGAGUGAUUUGCUGAGAUUGGUUUCCAGAUUUGAAUUUGUCUUCUGUUUGAAAUUUCUCUAUCGAGUGCUAAGUGUUACAAGAAUUCUUUCCAAAGAGCUUCAGAGUAAAACCAUAGACAUUUUUUCUCUAUCUUCAAAAAUAGAAGCAAUUUUGGAAUGUUUAUUAUCUGAAAGAAAUGAUAUAUAUUUCAAAACUAUUUGGGAUGAAGCGGAGGAAAUAUGUCAAAAAAUAACCUGUAAAGGUUUUGAAGUUGAAAAACCCUCUCUUCAGAAAAGAAGAAAAAUUCAGAAAACAAUAGAUCUUGGCAAUUCAGAUAGUAUGUUUUUUCCUACUUCAGCAGAAGAACUAUAUAGAGUUAAUAUUUAUUACCAAGGAUUGGAUACUGUAUUACAAAAUUUAAAAUUAUGUUUUUCAGAGUUUGAUUAUUACAAAAUAAAGCAAAUUUCAGAACUAUUACUUAAAUGGAAUGAACCAUUAAAUGAAACAACAGCCAAAAAUGUUCAAGAAUUUUAUAAACUUGAUGCAGACAUUAUCCCAGAGCUUAGAUUUUAUCGGCAUUAUGCAAAGCGUAACUUUGUUGUAGAUAAUGAUUGCCUCAACUUCGUCAGUCUCGGCUAUUUAUUUAUCCAACAUGGUCUUCACAAUAAUAUUCCUUACAUCUCAGAGCUGCUAUUUAUUGCUUUGUCUUGGCCAAUUACUUCACCAAGUACAGAAAACUCAUUAUCUGUACUGCCUCGUCUUAAAACAUAUUUAUGUCAUACGAUGGGCCAAGAGAAGAUUAGUUCCCUGGCCUUAAUGGCUGUUGAGCAGGAAUUGGUAAAUAAACUCAUGGAGCCUGAAAGACUCAAUGGAAUUGUGGAAAAGUUUAUCAGGCAGAUCAAAGACACAUAAAAAGACAGAAUGAUAUAUAGACUGAUAUACCGAUACACCUCCUUUAGGACUCAGUUCCUCCCUGGAGUAUUACCUGUUCCUUAAAUAUCUUUCCAGAGAUAUUUGUUAUAAGUGGUACUGUAAAAUGCACACUGUUCUUCCACAUAACAUAUUUUUGAAAUUGUCCCAUAUCAAUACAUAAAGAGUUAUUGAUUUUUUUUUACAACUGCAGAUUUCAUUGUGUGAAUGAAUGUACCAUAAUAUA